GUGGGCUGUGCGAGCUGAAGUGCAUAUUAAAGACGGAGUUAACAUCUUGCGUAUCGCUUCUCCUGACUACACUGUGAAAAGGGGGGGGAGCAAAACACCUGGCUCAGAAGGAAAACUGUUAGCCCGGAACAGCCUUGGGCCCUUGCAGUUUCGUUUCCUUCACAAGUGGCGACCUCGCCAGGAUUCCCCCUCCCCUCAUCGCUGGUCAGGAGACCAUCGCUACCAGCCAGUCACCACCGACGGUCAGGAUUAACCUACCGGCACUUGCUGUUCAGGGCGAAAGUGAGUGUUUGGCGAUUGGAUUGUGCUGAGGUCCAUUCCACCGCCCAGGCCAGGUGCGUCUUAAGAGACUCUGGUCCGGAUCUCACGGAAGUCAGGUGCGAGUUCAUCUCCUCUGAUAUAGUGUCUCCCGUUCCCGGAUACGUGCUGUGUUCGUGGUGUUUCACACGGGGAUACGGUUAUGGGUAUUUUCAUGUGCGUUUGUGCACAGUGUUACUUUCACCCCACUCGUGCCACUUGUGGGCGUCAGGCCGUGUGCGCCUCUUUAGUGUCAAUUGGAAGUUAAGUCUUCCGCGGUUUUUUGUCGUCUAUUUGCUUUGGGUCUGGUUUCUUCAUCGCCUAGGGUUUUGUUAGAUUCAGUGUUCGGAUUUUGUAUUUAAUCUGUGUAUCUUUCUAUUUUGUUUCCCAUUCGGCAUGUCUUCCAUCCAGGAACUAGUUAAGCUCGGUCGCGAGCUUGGGUACGACGGCGACGAGUUGAAAUCCUUUGUGUCCGAUGAGCAGGCACGCCUCCGGGACGAACGCGAGUUGGAGAGACGAAACAGAAAAGAAAAGGAGGAACGGGAACGCGAGGAACGUGAACGUGAACGGGAACGCGAGGAACGUGAACGGGAACGGGAACGCGAGGACCGUGAACGGGAGAGAGAGCAUGCUCUCGCCCUCGAACUGCUGAAGCUCCAAGUUGCUGGCGGUUCGGCGGCCUUAGGCGUCCCUAGUGUCGACUUUGCUGCUCGUCCCAAGUUACCAUCUUAUCGCGAAGGUGAGGACAUUGCCUCUUAUUUUACCCGGUUUGAGCGAGUUGCUACCCUCCUCAACAUUGCUAAGAGCAGUUAUGCAGUCCACUUGGGAAGCCUACUCACAGGUAAGCUGGCUGAAUUCUAUACCACCUUGUCGGAAGAGGUCACAGGCGACUACAGUCAGCUAAAAGAAGACAUUCUGAAGCACUCCCAUAGGACGAGUGAUCACUACCGCACCGCCUUCCGCUCAGCCAAGAUCAACGUUGGUGACACGUUCCAGCAAUUCUCCACCCAUUUGACUCGCCUUUUCGACCACUGGCUCAGCGCGAGCGAGGUAGAUCACUCUUUUGCUUCGCUGAAGUCCUUCAUGAUCCUCGAUCAAUUUCUAGCCUCUGUUUCCACAGAACUGCGGUUGUUCCUGAAAGAAAACAACGUUCAGACCUUAGAGGAGGCAGUAAAACGAGCCGAUGUUUGGGCUUCAGCACACCACUCUAACCCACGCAACCCUGCGUCGGAACGCGGCAAACGACCAUCCCUCACCAAAGCCGCCUCACUAAAGGAUUCGCCACCUACGCCACGAAAGACACCCUCGGUGGUUCGUUGCCAUAACUGCGGUCAGAGUGGCCACAUUAGACCUAACUGCCCUCAGAAUCCUUAUCUUUUUAAACAGAAGUCCAAGCCAGAACCAACAAAGGAGUCUCCCAAAAUUGGCUUCUGCCGUUCCGGAUCACCGUCUCGUCAGUAUUACACCUCGGGCACCAUCAACGGCUCUAGGGUAUCCACCAUUGUUCGCGAUACGGGUUGUUCAAGUGUCCUAGUAUCCGAGGAGGCAUUGCCGGACGCGGAUAUUUCCAACGGUAAAAAGGUUCGCUGCAGCGACUACUUGGGUCGUGCCGACUACUUCCCUGUGGUAAGAUGCUACCUCCGGUGCCCCUAUUUUGACGGUUGGGUUGAUGCCAUCAGGGCCCCACUUAAGUUUUGCACAGUGCUGGUAGGUAACAUUGAGGGAGUACGUGCACCUGACGACCCAGACGUGACAAAGGCAUGUGACGAACCUACACCCUUUCCGGUUCCUUCAGACCAGGCUCCCGGGAAAAGUAUUCAAGCUGUCCAGACCCGGGCCGCCACCGCUCGUAAGAUUCACCCCCUUGUACUUCCUCAUCUGGAGCCCCUGGCUAUUACUCCUCAGGACUUCUCUAAAUUGCAGAGUUCGUGCCCUACUCUAGCGCCACAUCGUAACAAGGCCACUACGGGAGAAGAAGAAGUCACUCGCACCGGCUCCACCUUCGGCUACGAGUUCUCGGACGAACUGCUCUACAGGUAUGUCAUCGAGUUGAAGGACAAGCUGGCCGACUGUUCCAAGAUCGCUGCCCAAAAUUCCACCAUUAGUGCCACCCGAUACAAGACCUACUUCGAUUUGAACUCGCAAGAUCGUCAGUUCAAGCCUGGUGAUGAAGUUCUCGUCCUUCUCCCUGACACUUCCAGUAAGCUAUUAAUGGCUUAG